AUGAAAGACCAAGAUGCCAUUAAGCUGUUUAUCGGGCAGAUCCCGCGGAACUUGGAGGAGAAAGACCUGAAACCUCUGUUUGAACAGUUUGGGAAAAUCCACGAACUGACAGUGCUGAAGGACCGCUACACCGGCAUGCACAAAGGCCUGAGCUCCCCGCCCGCCAACAUCACCACCUCCGUGCCCAGCCUCGUCACGCCCAUGGUCAACGGCUUCACGGGCAUCCCCCACCAGCCCAACGGCCACCCGUCGUGAGGCGGUGUACACCAACGGCCUGCGUCCUACUCCACCCAGAGCCCCAGCGCGGCCGACACACUGCAGCAAGCCUUCACCGGGGUGCAGCAGUACACCGCCAUCUACCCCGCCACCACCCUGACUCAGAUCGGUCAGACCAUGCCCCAGCAGCAGCAGGUCAUCCAGCAGCAGCAGCAGAGAGAAGGUGAGGGACCGGAGGGCUGUAACCUAUUCAUCUACCACCUGCCACAGGAGUUUGGAGAUAAUGAACUCAUGCAGAUGUUUUUACCCUUCGGCUCCGUUAUCUCCUCCAAGGUCUUCAUGGACGGGCGACCAACCAGAGCAAGUGCUUCGGUUUUGUCAGCUUUGACAACCCCUCCAGUGCCCAGGCUGCCAUUCAAGCCAUGAAUGGAUUUCAGAUCGGGAUGAAGCGGUUGAAAGUGCAGCUAAAGAGACCGAAGGAUGCCAGCCGCCCUUAUUGACCCCGCAUUCCUUCAGGUUCCACUGCACCAACAGGUUUUUGAGGACGUGACAAUAUCUGGGAGGAGUUCAACUUUUUUUCUCGUUUGAAAACAAAUGAAAUCUGUUUUAAAAAAAUCAACACUUAAAGGAGUUUUGGAAGACAUAUCAGCAUUUACGUGAUGAGCUAAAGGUUAAGAGAGAGGAAGAAAAAGAUGUGGAUGGAGGAGGGCGGGGUGGGGGUGUGGGGGUGGGGGUGGGGGUGCUACGUCGCCCGAGGACUCUAUCGGCGGUCACAGGCGACGCGCAAUGAGGAAAAAAAAAAAACACAACAAAAAAACACACAGGCAGAGAAAAAAAAGGAAAAGACGCGACGAAACCGAAACAACAGAACUCCUUGUUGAGACUUGAAUUGUUAAUUAAGCAACAAACUAACAAACAAAAAAAAAAGCAGCAACAACAAAUAGAUUUCUAUAUACAUAUUAUAUACACACAUAUAUAUAACGAAAGAGGCGCUUGGGGCUUUCACCAUACUGGACAUAUGAGGGUUAAAACUUGAAGAUCAAGAACAGUGGGGAGAAAAUACGCUUUUUCUUGUAUGUCCACUGAGAGACGUUCUUCUCUCUGUUUCCCUCUUUCUCUUAUUCUCUCACUGUUUCUCUCAGCAAGCGCAGAACCCUCAGAGGUCACUGAGGUUUCACUAGCAACCGUAGAACAGCAACUCUUUCACCCCUAAAGGACCAAAGGACCAAACAUUUUUAUCGCUCUGAACAGUAAUAUAUAGUAUUGAUGAUACUAAUACUACAAACUAGGCUACUACUAAUACUAUUACAAGUUACUUAAGAAGAAAUACUAGCUUCAGGUUGAAAAAAAAAAAAAGAGGAAAAGGGUUUUUGGUUUCUUUUCCUUUUACAUUUAUA